CACCCACCACAAGGACGAGGUCAUAGGUGGAGCCAGAGACAGUUGUGCUGCGCUCACUUUCUUCCCCUCCCACCACCUCCUCCUCCGUAGCCGCGCAGCAAAAGUUCAUUUGGAAGGAUGGGAAGGACCGGCACAAGGCUACCGAGCUUCUGCUUGAACCGCGUCGCCACCCGUGUCAGAGUCCGGUCUCCGCCGCUCGAAUCGAAGCCGCUCUCCCCGAGCGCAAGAAAGUUCAGCGCGCCUCUUGGGUAUGCGGAUGAGAAGGUCGGGGCCAAUGGAGGUAAGCAAGAGAUGGAACAGGGGAGGCGGAUCAUGAUCGUGGUGGACUCCAGCCCGGAGGCGAAGGCUGCUCUGCUGUGGGCGCUAUCCCACUCGGUGCAGAGCAACGACACGGUCGUCCUGGUCCAAAUCGUGAAGCCAUCCAGGAACGGUGAAAGAGUUCAAACUGAGAGACAACCAAAAGGUUACGAGCUUCUCCAUGCCAUGAAGAGUAUUUGCCAAGCAAAAAAACCAGAGGUGCGGAUUGAGCUCUGUUCGGUGGAAGGAAAAGAGCGAGGGCCGACGAUCGUGGAAGAGGCAGGCAAACAGGGAGCCUCCCUCCUCGUUAUGGGGCAGAGGAAGAGAUCGACGACAUGGCGCUUGAUCAUGAUGUGGGCGGGCAAUAAGGUGGGAGGCAGCACGGUGGACUACUGCGUCCAGAACGCCACAUGCAUGGCGCUGGCGGUGAGGAGGAAGAGCAGGAAAGGCGGCGGCUACUUGAUCACCACCAAGCGGCACAAAGAUUUCUGGCUCUUAGCAUGAGGUUGGAAUCGAAACAUGAGCCUCGUGCUUUGACCUGCAUGUUUGCUUUCGAGGGUUAAGUGAUGUGCCGAUAGCUCAAAGAUGAAACCUGUAGCAUUUGUUCAUUCCUUGUUGCCUUUGUAUGAUAUGCUUUUGGUCAUGAGAGACUGCUUCAUCUACUCUCAGUAACAUUGGUGAAUAAAAAUGGGUCGGUCCCCUCUCUCUCUCUCUCUCUCUCUCUCUCUCUCAGCUAUAAUAAGUUUACUCCGAUAUCAAGUGUGUGUAAAUAUUAUAUAUAGUAUGUUUUAAUGCUUCUGUGCUUCACUCUUCAUAUUUCAAUUGGAUUAUAGUAUAUUUCAGAACCAGGUUUGACCUGCUAAAUCUGCGAGCUCAAUUUCUGAAACAGAAGGCUAUCCACAGUGUAUCGGUUUCUCUUCAAGCCUUUGGAGUGCCUUUUCUUCAUCUCCUUCACUCCCUUCCACCUGGCUGUUUCAUACGAACGAAGAGCCGCCAGGGAAGCCAGCAUGAGGAAUCUAAAGGCAAAGAAAGCAGGGGAAGCCUUGGACCUCGAGCAAUACGUCCUGGAGCUGAUCAAGGAGAAGCUUGGUUACGUGCUGCGUCUCCUGGAGGAUUUCGUCCGGCUCGUGGCGCGCGAAUUCGACAAGGCCUUUCCGCCGGAGACCAGGUCGGAGGCACUCCGCUGGUGGCGGCGCAUGGGACUGACCGUGGUACUGCCCCUGGUCCUGGUUCUGGUUCUGGUUCUCCUCUGCCUCUUCUCAUGCUGCUGCAGGUACCUCUGCGCCCAGCGGCCCCGGAGGAGGAUGGAGGUUCCCACACGGGAUGCGGUGCUCAUGGACCCGGCCGCCCUCGAGCCCCGCCGCAGGCCUCGCUUCGUGAAUCUUGGAGGCAAGAACGACCUGGUGUUGUAUAAUCUCCACUGUAAACGUAGACAUGGUUGCUAUAGACUUCCAAUUAAUGAAGAUUGGAUUCUCUUCUACUGCACGGAACGUCCACUUAGGCACGCGAUC